GUUGUUGCCGCUAGAUUUUUAAGUGUUUACUAAAACAAAAUAAUUUGUGUUAUUUGAUUAAAUAUAAUUUUUUUUUACUUUAAUUUAAAUUCAAGUGAAAUGCGAUCGAAUAUGACCGUUUUGAAGUCAAUCGCUUUGUUAUCUACGAAUUUCGGAAUGUUCUAAUACUGCCACGAAAUGUCUAAUAAGCGUGUAUUUUACUUUUACAACCCCGACGUAGGCAAUUUUCACUAUGGACCAGCGCAUCCCAUGAAGCCACAUCGUUUGUCGGUCAUACACAGUUUGGUAUUGAACUAUGGUCUUUACAAUAAAAUGAAAAUAUAUAGGCCGUAUCGUGCUAGUGCUCACGAUAUGUGUCGGUUCCAUCAUGAUGAGUACAUUGAGUUCCUCCAAAGGGUAACGCCACAGAACCUGACCACAUACAGCAAAUACUUGAAUCAUUUUAAUGUGGGUGAAGACUGUCCUGUAUUCGAAGGUCUAUAUGAUUUUUGUUCCAUGUAUACGGGUGCUUCACUUGAUGGAGCGAUGAAACUAAACAAAAACUGUUGUGAUAUUGCUAUCAACUGGUCGGGUGGUCUUCAUCAUGCUAAAAAGUUUGAAGCAUCUGGUUUUUGUUAUGUAAAUGAUAUUGUAAUUGCUAUUUUGGAACUGUUAAAAUAUCAUCCAAGAGUUUUGUAUAUCGACAUUGACGUACAUCAUGGUGAUGGUGUCCAAGAAGCAUUUUAUUUAACAGAUCGUGUAAUGACGGUAUCCUUUCAUAAGUAUGGUAACUGGUUUUUUCCUGGCACUGGAGAUAUGUAUGAGAUUGGAGCAGAUGUUGGAAGAUAUUAUUCUGUAAAUGUCCCUUUAAAAGAAGGAAUUGAUGAUUUUAGCUAUUCACAAGUAUUUAAACCUGUAAUUCAACAUGUGAUGGAUCUUUAUCAACCUACAGCAAUUGUUCUUCAAUGUGGUGCAGAUUCAUUAAAUGGUGAUCGCUUAGGUUGUUUUAAUCUAAGUACCAAAGGACACGGAGAAUGUGUUAAAUUUAUCAAAGAUUUGAAUGUACCUCUUUUAACAGUUGGUGGUGGAGGGUAUACUUUAAGAAAUGUUGCUCGGUGUUGGACUUAUGAAACAUCUCUUUUGAUUGAUGAAGAAAUUAGUAAUACAAUUCCUGAACAUGAAUAUCGUGACUAUUUCGCUCCAGAUUUUUUAUUACAUCCUGAAGUUGUUACACGACAAGAAAAUGCCAACAGUAAACAAUACUUAGAACUUAUUGUUAAACAUACCUAUGAUAACCUUAAAAUGGUACAGCAUUCGCCAAGUGUACAAAUUCAAAAUGUACCUGGUGAUGCGCUUCCUACAGAGGAAUUUAAUGCUAUUGCUUUAGAUGAAGUUGAUCCAGAUGUAAGACAAUCACAAGUUGAACUUGAUCGAAGAGUUGAUGCACCAAAUGAAUUUUAUCAAGAUGACAAAGAUCAGGAUUCUGAUGAAACUAGAUAGUUAAAUAAGUUGAUCACUUAAUGAUAAUUCAUGACAUUUUUUUCAAUAUUUGUUAUAUAUGUAAAUAUAUUUAAACAGAUCAGGGUAAACAUGUCGUUAAACUAAGAAAAACAUGUUUAAUAUUCAAGUACAUUUGUUUUUAACAAUAGUAUAUUAAAAGAAAUAAAAAUAAUAAUUGUCUUAA